AUGCAAGAAACUCGAGUCUUAUCAACUCAACCGUCUCAACUAGAUGACGCGGACGAAGACAGCAUAUGGUCUCCCACUCAGCUUGCCGCUGCGCAAGGAGACUUGUGCCAGGUACAGCGGCUCUUGGCUGAACCAGGGAACCCUAAUGAGCCGCCUAAAGGCUACUAUGGGCAGACAGCCCUCCAGGCUGCUUCUCAUAAUGGGCAUCUCGCCGUGGUUGAGAUUCUGUUAGCGGCAGGGGCAGAUGUCAACGCCCCCGGAGGAAACAACGGUGGCAGAACAGCGGUAGUAUUGGCCUCUGAAGCAGGCUAUCUGAAUAUCGUCAGCCACUUAGUCUCUGCGGGUGCAGAUAUCAACUACCCGCCCCAUCCGUAUAUGGGCCGAACCGCCCUACAGGCCGCUGCUGAGGGGGGGCAUACCGAGUUAGUCCAAUGGCUGAUUAAGCAAGGCGCAGAUAUCAAUGCGCCACCCGCUAAAAAUCGGGGCCGUACUGCUUUUCAAGCUGCUGCAUUAGAAGGCCACGCCGAUAUUGUGGAGCUUCUCCUGCACCAUAAAGCCCAUGUAAAUACUCCCGCCGUGCGGUAUCAUGGCUUUACGGCCCUUCAAGGCGCAGCCUUCAAAGGCCACCGCCAGAUUGUCCGUCAACUUUUAGAUGCAGGAGCCGAUGUGAAUGCCAAAGGCUCAUCUUAUAACGGAUAUUCGGCACUUUCAGCAGCGACAGAAUGCGGACAUGAUGAGAUUGUGAGGAUGUUGCUCGAUGCUGGCGCAGAUGUCUCCCUCGUAUCAGGAAACAAAAAGUGGACUGCGGCAAAGAUUGCGAUCUUCCGAGGGCAGGAAUCUAUCGCGCAAAUUUUCCAACAGAUAAAGCAGACGGGGGAGAUGGUGUAA